AUGAAGAUGGACCCAAUGAAUAUAUGGAGUGAACACAUAUCGAAGGAUGGAAGGAAGUAUUAUUACAAUCAACUGACUAAAAAAUCGCAAUGGUAUAAGCCCGAUGAGCUGAAAACGGAACAAGAAAUACUGAUAGAAGCCAAAACCAAAUGGAGAUCCUUUGCAACAGCAGAGGGGAAGAUAUUCUACUAUAACACAGAGACGAAGGAAAGCGUAUGGGAAAUACCAGAUGAGAUAAGGAAUCUGAUGACCGAGGAGGACAACAUCGACAACAACGUCCACGAGAACACAAAGGCGGCCUUUUUGACCUUCUUGGAAGGGUUCAACUUCUCGCAGAAGACGAGCUGGGACUCGGCGCUGAAGCAAAUGGAAACUGACCCUAAGUGGCCAGUGUUCUCAAUACUCUCCAAGGGGGACAAGAAGCAGCUAUUCUCCGAGUUCUGCAGCCAGAUACACAGGCGCAAGCAGGAGGAGAUGCGGAGGAAGAGGAGCAUGGUGCACAGCAUCAUCGAGACGCAGCUGAGCAACUGGGAGGAACUCGACCUCUCGACGACCUACGCCCAGUUCGCCAAGCGCUACCACACAUACGAGUGGUGGAACUGGAUCGACGAGGAGUCGCGGGACAACAUUUUCCAGGACUACAUCGAGGCCAACGAGAGCAGACUGAAGCGCAGGAAGAAGGAGCACAAGGUCGCGGCCAUGGACUCACUGAUCGACCUCAUGAUUCGGGACUACCGGGCUGAGCUGGUCCCCUGGGACCGCGCGAAGUCGAAGUACCGGGGCUACAUGGACCUGAACGACAUCGACGUGCUCAACUGCCACAAGUACGUCUUCAAGCAGGUCUACGACGACCGCUACAAGGAGGUAGAGCGCUCGAGCUACCGGCUCCAGAGGAAGCUGAGGGCACGCUUCUCAAAUUUUCUCAAGGAGGCCGUUAAAAAGGGCGAGAUAGACUCAACAACCAAAUUCUCAGAUUUUAUCGCCAACCACUCAAAGGAAGCAGUUUACGUUGACCUGGUGGGUCAGCCUGGCUCAACCCCAAUAGACCUCUUUACGGAGGUUCAGAACACACUGCCGGUCAACUAG